AUGUCGUCUUCACCUGCAGUUAAACAAUAUAAAGCCUUGGGAGAAGAAGUCUGGAAGACUAAAGUUGAUAAAAUUAAUGCUGAAUUAUUCACCUUGACAUACGGCUCUAUGGUUGUUCAGCUUGUAAAAGACUUUGAAGACUAUGCUGAAGUCAAUAAACAACUCGAGAAAAUGGGAUAUAACAUUGGACAGCGCAUGAUUGAAGACUUUUUAGCUCGUUCAGGCAUCACGCGUUGUUCAGAAUUUAAAGACACAGCAGAGGCAAUAUCAAAGGUUGGAUUCAAAAUGUUUCUCAAUAUAACACCUACUGUCAGUAACUGGUCUAGCGACAAUAAAGAAUUCUCACUCAUCUUUGAGGAAAAUCCCUUGACAGAUUUUGUAGAAUUACCUGAUGAAGCACUUGAGGGCGGUUUGUGGUAUUCAAAUAUCUACUGUGGCGUCUUACGUGGUGCUUUAGAAAUGGUACAAAUGCAAGUAGAAGCACAGUUUAUAAGUGAUACACUUCGUGGCGACGAAACAACCGAGAUGCGUGUCAAGUUGGUUCGUUAUUUGGAAGAAGAAGUGCCUGUAGGAGAAGACUAG